AUGGCUUCAGCGAUGGCGACAUGUACGCCGAGUUCUCUCCAGCUCAGGCUUGCCCUUAAUUAUGGGAGUUUCAGAGCUCCGGCGAGAGCGAAGAUGGUGAAGCUCAGUCGUCAUGCUCGAAUGUCAUGCGUUGCGCAGAAUGCAGAAUCGGAUCGUGAUGUGGGUGAGUUGAAUGGGUCGGAUCAUUUUAGUGGGUGGUCGGAGUUUGGAGAAGAUGAGAAAACUGCUGAUUCUUCUGGGUUUAAAGGAACCUUGCUAUCUGGAGUAGCUGGAACGGUUCUUUUGGCUGGUCUAAUUUUCGCGGCUCUGUCACUCAAACGGAACUUAUUAAGACCAAAAGUAGAAGCGAUGGUGACCAUGGUUGCUGAAAGUUCAAGUGAUCAAAUCGGUGCGGCUGGGGAUGAAGGGAAUGAUUUGAUGGAUCAAGAUAACCAGGAAAGCUAUAGAGAUUCUCCAGUUUUAUCUCGGGAUGACAUUGAUGUGGUGUCCAAAGCCACGUCCACAAGCAAAGAAGAUCAUGAGGCAAACAAAGCAUUAGAAAGCCCAGCUGAGAGAUUCGCAAAAUCGACAGAGUUGGAUAGAGUAGAUACACAUACCUCUCAAAUCCCAAACGAAAAGCAGAAAACCCGCUGUUAUACUGGAAUACCUGCUCCGUUCACAGUUCCACAAGUGAAUCCCUUGAAACCUAUCUUUCCAACAGUUGUGGACCCAGUUCAAAGUCGAAUGUUUGCGGCUUUACAAGCUUUAAAGGUUAUUGAAUCUGAUGCUCUGCCUUAUGAUUUAUGUACACGUCGUGAAUUCGCUCGUUGGGUGGUUUCUGCAAGUAAUACUCUAUUGAGGAACUCAGCAUCAAAAGUAUACCCUGCCAUGUACAUAGAGAAUGUUACCGAACUUGCAUUUGAUGACAUCACACCUGAAGAUCCUGAUUUUCCAUCCAUUCAAGGUUUGGCAGAGGCAGGACUGAUUUCAAGCAAACUCUCUAACCACGACAUGCCUUCUGCUGAGAGCAGUCGUUUUACGUUCUCACCAGAAAGUCCUCUUUCACGACAGGAUCUUUUGAGCUGGAAGAUGGCUUUGGAAUUCCGACAGCUCCCAGAAGCUGAUAGCAAGAAGUUGUACCAGCUUUCUGGUUUUCUUGACAUUGAUAAAAUAAACCCAGAAGCAUGGCCUGCUCUCAUAGCUGACUUAUCUUCUGGAGGACACGGAAUCACAGCACUAGCCUUUGGGCGUACCAGAUUGUUUCAGCCUUCUAAAGCAGUUACAAAAGCCCAAACAGCUGUGUCUCUUGUAAUUGGUGAAGCUUUUGAGGUAGUUGGUGAGGAGCUAGCUCGUAUCGAAGCAGAGGCUAUGGCUGAAAAUGUGGUUUCCGCGGAUAACGCGCUGGUUACUCAGGUCGAGAAGGAUAUUAAUGCUAGCUUUGAGAAAGAGAUUUUAAGAGAAAAAGAAAUUGUAGAUACAGUGGAGAAACUAGCUGAAGAAUUGAAGUCAGAGAUGGCAAGACUUAGAGUUGAGAAAGAAGAGGAGGCUCUUGCAUUGGAGAAAGAACGCAUAUCAAUUGAAACAGAAAUGGAGACUCUUGCAAGGUUACGAAAUGAGCUCGAGGAACAACUUCAAAGUCUUGUAAAUAAGAAGGCAGAGAUGUCGUACGAGAAGGAGAGGUUUGAUAGACUUCAAAAGCAAAUGGAGGAUGAGAACCAAGAGAUACUCCGGUUGCAAAAUGAGCUUGAAGUUGAAAGGAAUGCUUUAUCUAUAGCCAGAGAUUGGGCUGAGGACGAAGGGAGAAGAGCAAGAGAACAAGCAAAAGUGCUACAAGAAGCUAGGGGACGUUGGGAGAAGUAUGGCCUAAAAGUGAUUGUUGACAGUGACCUCCAUGAACAGACAACAACGGAGUCUACUUGGCUGGACGCCGGAAAGCAAUAUUCCGUAGAAGGAACCAUGAAAAGAGCUGGAAAUCUGAUUGCUAAGCUCAAGAAGAUGGCGAAAGAUGUAGGAGAGAGAUCCAGAGAAGUAAUCUACUUGAUCAUAGAGAAGAUAGACCUUUUGAUCUCAACCUUGAAAGAACAAGUUCGUGGAAUGGAGAACAAAGCCAAAGACCUGAAAAUGAAAACCAAGUCAAAAGCAGAAGAAGCGAAGAAACAAAUGAGCUUUAGGAUUAAUGAGAUCAGAAAUAUCUCUAUGAUGAAGGUAAAGGGGACUGUGGAAGAAGCUCGGCGAGCUGCUGAAGAGAUUCAGGACAGAGUCGGGAAACUUGGUGAGAAAUUCAGGUCGAAGUAG